AUGCACGCGAAGUUCCAGCCGCGCACUAGUAUCGUGUACGUUGGCUCGGCUUUCCACCCGAACAGGAUACGUGGGAACCGCGCUCCUCGCUUCUAUAGGACGUUUCAGACGUCGUCUGGGAAUGAGACGAACGACGACGGCGUCGUGGGGAAGUGUCACCACGACUUCGAGACCAUGAGCGAUGACUGUAACGUCGUAGUAAAUGGUCACCACGACUACGACACCAGGAUCGACGAAUGCUACGUCGUGGUGUAA